AUGGACCUUUGGAUUCCUGGGUUUUUUUUCAUCGAGUAUCUUUUUGUCUUCUAUAGGUUUCUUGUCCUCUAUGAGCUUUUUUUCCUCGAUAGGCUUGCUAUCUACCAGUUUUGGUUUUUCGUCAGGCUUUUCUACAGCUUUUUCUACAAUACUGUCUACAGGUUUUUUGUCUUCUGUAUAAUCAGGUACAUUGGAUUUGUUACUUACUGGUAA